GUGUUCUCUGCAUUUCUUGUUGAUGUCUGAGCACCUCUUGCAACCUGGAAUGUGAACUGCAUGUUGGGAAGCAGUGUUAGCAGGUGGAUUUGGAUAGGGCUCUGAAUGUGUUCAGAGGUAUUAAUGCAGAGAUGAUGUGAUAGCUCUGCUUGAGUGGGGCAUUUGGCAACUCGUGUCUCUCACAGAGUGUUUAGGAGUUGGCAUUGCCCUGAAGCUCUCUCAUCGUGCACCCCCAGGGAAAUCUCUGGAGUUUACAAGGCUGAGACUUCUUUGGAGGGCAACAGGGAGAUGGGAUUAAGGUUGCUCCAGGCCACUGUUAACUGGCUUGAGGACCCUUUGGACCUAAAAGAAAUCAUCUUUUUUUCCAUCCCAUGCUGUCAAUCUUGUCAGUCCCAAACCAAAGAAAAACAAGUACUAAGUCUGGGUCCAUCUCUUUUGCACCCUUCUCUCAAGUAUUUGUAUACAUUUAUGAGAUUCCUCGUAGAGCUGCUGAGUUGACAUAGUGUGUAGAUGUUCUCCAUACUUCCAGCUGCCCUGUAAGCAGGACUGGGGUUUAGAUCUGCAUUUCAGAAAAGAGAAAGGGAAAUGGUGCUGUUAUAGGAUGAGUGAUGUAUGCAUUUGCAAACUUCAUGCAUCCAUUUAAGAGAGAGUACUUGAUGGAAAGUAUUUAUAAGCAAUUCAUUUUAAAAAUGGAUUUAUGUUUUUCUUCAGCAGUUGCUGUCUAUAGACUUAUCCAAGAUCCUGUCACAUGGUGUUUUAGCUCUUUCACUCCAGCAAUAACCAAUCCUCUCAGCUGGUUACUUGCUUUUGAUUUUUCUGGUAGCUCAUAGGACUUGUGUCAUUAAGAAAGUGUAAUCUCUUUAUACUGGCUUAAGCACAAGAGAAUAUGAUUAAUGUGAAGUCUGUAGGAGAACUGAAGCAAAUAACAGAGGUGCUGUUAAAGCUGAUACAAGCAAAUGUAAAGCAGUAAGAAGGGAAAGCCAGUAUUUUUCCCAGACAGACUCUUGUUUUUUACAAGUAAAACUCAGUUCUAAUGGUAAAGCAUUAUGCAGUAUAUUAGCAUUCUUUUAGUAAAUUUAGUAAAUAUGUCACCUCAGUAACUGGAGAUGUAAUCAUUGUAGUCUAUUGUAAAUCCUUUAGGAGAUGUGAGGAAGUGCUUUGGGUGCAUUUAUUUUACAAGAGUUACUACUACAAACUUAAAUAUUUAGGAGCUGUGGUGUUGCAGGCUUGCUGGUGAUUGCAGUAGAAUGUUCCUUCAUUUGUUGAAAUAAAAAUGUACAUCAGCAUUUUUAUGAGCGACUCAUUAGGGAAGAGCACAGCAGCAAGAUGAUGAACUGUCAUCUAUUGUUCCAGCUGACAAAUUAAACCAUUCUUCUACUGAUAUGUGCAAGCCUUAUCCAAAUAUCCCUGCAGGCAGAAUUGCACAACGUUCCACCCUCCUUAUCACAGCACUUCUCCCUCUUGUCUGUAAUGUCGAGAGAUUAACAAGCUGUCAUUGUGGAUGGGGGUUAAAGAAAAAGGCCUCAUUCAGAAAAACUUGUAGACCUAACAAAAAUUAAGCUGUAUCAUGCUGACUGACACCGAAGCUACAUAGUAUUCGGAAAAUCUAAAAGCAGAUUGAAAUUAAUAGGGGGAAAAUGCUUAUUUUGUAUCUGUAUGCCCAGCCAGUAUUGAAGUAUGAAGUGGUAAUUAACUUAUGAUAUAUGAUUAUAGUUAUGUUGGAGUCUGUGGAGGUCAAUGGGCUUCUGCUGUCUGAAGGAACACUUGCAGUGAGGUACUCCUGGUUAUACAGGGUUGAAGAGGCCUGCUAAAAACUGUGCUUACAGGCCUUACUAGUACUCUGGGUGAAUCUUACUGUUGCACCUCUUACUCCAGCAUUUCUUGCUCUCAAAGGGAUGCUAUGAGUAGAAUGAAUCUAGUUCUAGGACUGCAAUGGAUUUCCCAUGUUUGGUUGUCUGUUUUUGACAGAGAAACUGAGAGGUGACUGAUCUUGAACAAAACGUUGUACCCCUGACAUCUCUGUGCAGACACUUCUCAUGAAGGUGACUGGGUACAAGUGGAUGACUAGGCAGUGGGUCUUGGAGCUUUUCCAUGUUUAUCCCUACAAUCUAAAAUUCAGCAUUAUGAAAGAAGCCUCAUCUACAGAAGCUGUGUUAGCAUGUCUUGCAGGAAGAUAAAAGGAGAUGGCCCUCUUAGCCAGCUGUAUGUUGUAGAGAGCAACGUCUUUGAUGCCCUUCCUUGCCAGACAUUUUAUCUUUCACCUGGCUGCUGACUCUCCUCAACAUUGCAGGGUUUGUACUACAGCUGUCAUGGUCUGCUGCUAUGAUAGAUGGCAGCAGUAGAUCUUUGUGUCUCUGUACUUAGAUAACCACUUGAGAAUGUGGAUAGGAAGGAGGCAGGUGCCUGCCCUGUAUAUGUGUGCUGCUGGAGUUCUGACCUUGCUGUGACUGGCUGGAUGAGCAGGACCAGGAACGAGAAACUUGAAGUGGAGGCUGCUGCAACCAGAGCUGAGGGGUAUUGCACAGCGUAUAGGUGAGGGUGUGAAGAACGUUGAUGGUGUGGUCCCUGCAGUUUCCACUCCUAAUAAAGUCCUAAUUGUAAUGGCCGUACUUUUUAAGGUCUUGCCUUCAGUGAUCACAGCAAUGGUAGGUGUAAAGGAAGCACUGAAUGUGUAUGCCAGAGCAAUUGUAUGCAUGUGUGGGGCAUUUUACAAACUUCAGAUUACAUAGAAAUGGGGGUUGGCCAGUUCUGUUUUCCUGCAUAUGUAUUUAUUGUUUAAAAGUUAGGUCUGUGAAUUCUUUCCUUCUUUUCACCAGAGGGAACAAAGUGGGUAGAAAUUGGUAGAUUGCAAUCAUUAUUGGAACCUUUGCAGUUGAGGAAUGCCUUGUGGAUGGAAAUCCAGCAGCUAAACUGUUUUUAGGAACUUGGAGAAUUCAGAUAUACUUACUGGUGUUGAAACAGUUAAAGACCUCCUGAAUGGGCAGCCCUGGAUCUCAUUUGCUUCUUGCUGGACUGUUUUGUCACAUCUGAAAUGUGCUGGUGGUUCUCUGGUUGUUUGCCUGUCUUAGUAUGUAGAGGUAUUACAUGUCCCCCGUCCAUUAUUCUCCCGAGGAAAUGCUAGCAAAUCCUUCUCUUCUGCAGGACUUUUUUGGCUGCCCAUGGUACCCAAACUGCUGCCCUGGUAUUCUUGUGAUGUUCUGAAUUUAGUACCAGUGUCUCACAUGAGGAACAGUGGCUGAGGGAAAUCAAGUUACAUGCUUCAAUGCAUAGAAUAUUCUGUUGGAAGAGACCCACAAUGAUUAUCAAAGUCUGACUUCUGGCCCUGCACAGGACAACCUCAGUCAGAUAAGGAGCCCAUUUAACCACUGAAGCUCCAAGCAUUUUCUGUUUGUCAGCUAUGUGAUCAUUUUGUGGUAUUUAGGUUUGUUGGGGGAAAGACUGGUGCAGGAAGCCUGUGGGCCAUCUUCUGGAAGAAGCUUUCAAAGGUAGCUGACCACUGAUGUAUUCUGAAAAAUGGCUUUUUAGCAGAAAUCUUUGUUCAACAGAGUAAAUGAGUUUUCUUCCAGAAGAGAUAUCUUAGUAGGAUUAAAAAAAAAAAAAAAUCUUCUUUUCAUGAUGAGAGAAAUAGUAAUUGACUAUGGUGUCAGUUCCUGAGAAAGCUGUCUCCCAAAAGCCAAGCUAUGGGGCUGUCUGCUUGCUAUCAGAUCCCUUUGCUUCAGUAAAUUGUUAUCUUAUUUUCUGUCUUCCUCUAAGGCUUCUUAAGUGGCACUAUAUCCGCAGGAAAUAGUUGGAUUAGUAUGACUCCUGGGCCAUGCAGCAUGGAUCUGAGUGCGUUUGAAGGGCUGGGACUGGUGAAGGGCUUUGGCUGGAACAUGUCACUGAGACCACGAAAUUCUUACUAAGGGAUGAUGCCAAAUGGGAUUAUACAUCUGUAAGGGUGAUGUCUCAUGGAGUUGUAAAUCUACAGAGGCACUUGACUUUAAUGCCAUUUGCUGAGUAACUUCUCUUUGAGUUCUGCAGAACAGCUCUGACUUUCCACCUGACACUGAAAAUUUAAUCAUUGUGCAAAAGAAGCAUGCUGUUGGUGUCUCUCACUAGAGGUGAAUUGAUGGUAGUUAUUUUUCUACUUAAGAUAGCCUCUGCACACACAUGUGCACCUAAGAAGCUGGAGCAUCACUUUGAGGAGUACAUGUGCCAUUUUGUCUUUGCAAGAAUGAUGUAUUAUAAAUGAAACUGGAGCUGGACUUUGCUUCUCCACAUUGUUUGGGUACCUGCUAAUAACUCCCAUAAUUGCUGAUGUUUCUCAGGGUUAAAAAUGGCUGUGGAACCUAUCAGAAGCUGUAAAAGGAAAGGGAAUCUACCUUACUGGAAGGUAAGAUCUGAAUCUCUCCAAUUCCGCAGUGGCUCUGUCUCAACUUACUGGCCCCAACCCAAGAGCCAGUUUGUUCUUUUCUGCAUAACACAGUAUUGUCAGGCUGCCCAGAACAUGAAGGUAUAACUUUUCACUUAAAAAAAAUAAAAUAAAAUAUACAAGCCUCCUCAGCAGCUGAAGUUAGCCGGUAUGUGUCUCUUUAAACUGAAAGGGAGCAUCUUUGAGCUGGAGGGUGGCCUGUGAUGAAGGCACAUGGGGUAAUUCUUGGGCAUUUCCUGUGCAGGGCUAAGAGUUGGACUUGAUGCUCCUUGUAGGUCCCUUCUGACUCAGGAUAUUCUGUUAAGAAGUGUUACUUCUGUGUAGCUUGCACUGCUAUCUGCUUCAAAUGUUUAUUUUUAGCAAAAUUUUAUUGGCUUGAUUUGUAGGAAAAAUAAAGACAACAUAUUAGCAAAAUAAUUGCCAUACCAGUGCAGCCUGUUGCUCCAAAGAAAGAUUUUCUGAUUAAAGCACUGUCUCUCAAGGAUGUACAGCAGUGUUUUCCCUUCAUUAGAUUAGUAUACACAUAAAGGCAAUGUUAAAAGAGCCACUAUUGCUACAAAUUACUAUGUCUAGACACCAGCAGUUAUGAAAUUCACCUUGCUGCUGUCUACUGCCCUAGCAUAGCUGGCCUGUCACUUGACAAAAGCAAAUUGCUCUUUUCCCUCCCCAUGCCUGUUGACUUUAAAGAACUUGCUCUAACUGCUUAGUGACUUGAUUGUCUUAGAGGCCUCCAGAAGAAAAAAAAAAAAAAAACCCUCACCUUUUGAUGUUCAAAGUUAGAAACCUCUUUACUCUUAGUCUGUAUAAGGUAAAAAUAAAAAAGAAUGAAAAAUAAGGGUGAAAAUCUGUCUCCUCAUGGCAGGUCACUGCUGUCAGAUCUUUGCAUUUUUGGUGCAGUACAAUGGCAGGGGCACUGGAUCAUCUUUGCAUGGGAGCUCUGUGGGUUUUCACUGCACAUUGGUAGAGUGAGGCCAUACUGCCCAGAAUAAUUUUUACCCUUUGUGCAACAUAAUUUGAGGGAAAAUGUUCCCUCUCCUGGUUAUGAGCAGUAUUUCCUUCUUGGUGCUGUGUACGGAAUAGCAUCUAUAGCAUUAAUGCUUCUCUUCUGCAAUGCAGUGUUAUGUUCAAGAGUUGGAGCUCAGGUGAGAUGGAGGCAGUAUCUGCUGCUCUCUUCUCCACCCUCUGCCUUAAUGCCACUCUGAGAUGGGACAUGUCCUGUCUGGGACCAAAAGGUUGGUCAAAGCCAGGGUGAGAGAAAGUAACAAACCAUGGAGUUUGCUGACUCUCAUCUAUUGAUCAGCUGUGACUUUUAUCAGGGACCUGCAUCUCUAAUUUCUCUAAUACUGAAUGCAGCCUGUGAACCUGAGGCGGGCUGUCUGCAUUUUCUCUCUUUAAGAUGCUCUGCAAGUGCCUCUGACUGUAUAAAGCUAAGUGAGCCCGUGUCCUGUGGUGUGACCUAGCCUAUAGCACAGAUUUCUGGAACUGGGGAUGGGAAAGGAUCAUGUGUCUGCACUGUGUCUCUUCUGAACACCUGCAUUGGGAAGGGCUGACACCCAACAAUUAUAGCAUCAAAAUCUAUGCACAUAGGAUGGUACAGGUUAAGUCAGGAGCAGACACCUCAGAAUCCAAGCCAUACAUGCCAUACAGCGUGUACAUGUCUGUAUUGGUUAUAGGAUAUCCCAAAACCUCAGAUGCUUUAGCAGCUGGGGUUCUUUCCUAAAUUCUAAUCCUGGAGGGGAGGCCGGGUGCAGUAAAGAACAAUGUGAUGCUAAACUGCUUUCCUGUGGGCAUUACAAAAGACAGGUUCUUUUGCAGAACUGUGUUUGUAUCUGUGCAGGGAGAAAGGGUCUCAAGAGAGAAACAAGGGCUUAGGGAACCAGAUUUAAAAACUUGCAGUGGGAGUACUAAACAGGAGAUGAACAUGGACCUGAGCUGUGUGACAUAUUCCUGUGUGUCUGUGUUGGAGCCAAAAAAUAGCUGGUACCUAGGAGGCACGGAAGAGGCUGUUCUUGCCACCUCUCCAAGAUGCAGCAAAGCAUGCAGGCAGGCAGAAUUUUAUGCUCUAACUUGGAUCAGCAAUGGCCCUUUAAGGCAGAGCAAGGCGUGCAGUAUGGACACUGCCCAGUCCAAACCCAGCAGCCACGUGAACUCUCCCCAGGACAAAUGAGAAGAACCUGUCUCCAAGCGCAAGAUUUUGGGAAUAUGUGUCAGAGAUGCCUGUCAGUAAAACAUCCGUCUUGCCCUAAUUUCUGCAUGGAAUGCUGCAAUGUCGAGUGAAAUAACCUUCCAAGCUGGCUCUGGUGCAGAGGAAGUAAUACGCAAUGAGAAAACCCUCAUCAUCUGUGCAUCAGGGAGAGAAUUACUGACUGAGUGCUGAGCAGUCAAGUUAUUGAUUCAAACCAAAGCCCAGUCUCUCUGUCUGCUGGGCUGGUUACAUCCUGCUGGUUCAUUGCAUUUAAUCGGAUUCCCUGAGCUGCCACGCGGAGGGGGUGAGUUAGAACCAGAUCCAUCUAUAAUGUUUGCUUCAAAAUCCAGUUCUGUCUCCCCUUCUCCAUCCAUGGAACAGGCAGAUUCAGAUGCUCUGGACAUCAGCACCAAAGUGCAGCUGUAUGGCGUGCUCUGGAAGAGACCCUUCGGGAGGCAGUCAGCCAAAUGGUCCAGGAGGUUCUUCAUCAUUAAGGAAAGCUUCCUGCUGUACUAUGCUGAGAGUGAGAAGAAGAGUUUUGAAAGCAAUAAAUACUUCAAUAUCCAUCCUAAGGGUGUCAUACCCCUGGGAGGCUGCAUUGUGGAGCCCAAAGAAGAGGCCAACAUGCCUUAUGCCAUAAAAAUCUCUCAUGAAGACUUCCACGGUAACAUUGUUCUAGCAGCCGAAUCAGAGUUUGAGCAGGCUCAGUGGCUGGAGAUGCUACAGGAGUCUGGAAAAGUGACCUGGAAGAAUGCCCAGCUGGGAGAAGCCAUGAUCGAGAGCCUGGAAGCUCAAGGACUACAGCUGGCCAAGGAGAAGCAGGAAUAUUUAGAUAAACUAAUGGAAGAAACGGAAGAGCUGUGUCUGCAGAGGGAGCAAAAAGAGGAACUUGAGCGUCUGAACCAGAUCCUGGAAGCAGAGAAGCAGCGUUUUGAAGAGGUGGUGCGGGAGCUGCGGCUGGAGCAGGAGGAGAUCAGGCGGGAGCUGGAGCUCACAGCCCGCUCCCUUAAAGGAGUGGAGGAAGAAAAGAAAGAGCUGCGAAGCCUGACACAGUCCUUACAGAACACCCUAGAGGAGCUGUCCCUGGAAAAACAACAAAUGCUGGAGAUGCUGGAAGAAAAUGAGAGCCAAGUCCCACCUCCAACCAGCCCCAGCAAGGAGCAAAGCCCCAUCUGGGGACUGCACUGCAGCCUGCGACAGAUUGAAGAGAAGAUGCAGCAACUUCUGCAGGAGAAACUCCUAGCAGAGAAAAGGAUGAAGGAGAAUGAGGAGCGGUCUCGGGCGCUGGAGGAGGAGCGGGAGUUUUACUCUUCCCAGUCGCAAGCGCUGCAGAACUCGCUCUCGGAGCUGACUGCAGAGAAACAGCAGGCAGAGAGAGACCUCAAGGCUGAAGUGAAGGUCCGCAUGGAUCUGGAGAAGAGGCUGAGAGAAGCUGAGGAAGCAUUGCAGAGCUUGGAGCAAGGCUUAAACUCUCUGAAUUGCAACAAGGAGAAAGAGAAGAAGAUGAAAGCAGAUGUCAGUAACUUGAGAAAGUUCUUUGAGGAGUGCAUCCGCAAUGCUGAGCUGGAGGCCAAGAUGCCUGUGAUCAUGAAGAACUCCGUGUACAUCCACAAGGCUGCCACUCGCCGCAUAAAGAGCUGCCGCUUCCGCUGCCGGAGAACCAGCGCUUCCUGGAAUGACAUGAAACAGUCCCAGUCCUUCAUCUUCUCGCAUGCAGAAGCUGAAAACAUUGAAGAGCUGAAAGAGGCAGCCAAAAGACUGAGCCGGGACCAGCGUUUUAGGAAAACUAUCUAUCAAAUCAUGAGGUCACAAAAGGAUUCUGCUUCAGCGGACAAAAAGUGACUCUUCUUGGGAGGAGGCUUCUGAGAUCAGCCUGCAUUCAGCUCUGCAAAAGUUACAGCCUGGGGCACUAGGCUCAGAAGGGAGAUCUGGCAUUUGGUGGGGAAGGUGGGGGAGAGGUGUGUGUAGGCAAUCCCUUCAGUUAUUGGCUUUGCUUUAGUUUGAGUGCUCCUGCAGCCUGGCAGACCUCCUCUGCUGAUCACUCCAGACCUGUUUGCUUCAGCUGCUUACAUUAAGCCAUGUUUUGCCAAGAUGCCACAGUGGGUGCUAAAGUGAACCAGAGAUGGUAGCUUAGGAAGUGCCUCUCCUUUCCUUCCCUGUCUAGUGUGUCUGCCAAACACAAGUGCUUCUGAGGAAGCCUUGAGCAGCCUAUGUUCCAGCUAGUGUAAUCUCCUCAGCUGAACACAGCUCACCCUGCUCUGCCUGAUGCCCUCUAGGAGAUGGCUCACUGCACACCCUCAGUCAAGCAGCACUUCAAUGGGGCACACUUCCUGAAGACUGCAGCAGUCCUAGCCUCCCAAGCACAGGCAAAAGUAUCAAACACAGGGCCAAACCUUUUGUCUUGAUGCUACAUCAUUUCAAGCAAACAGCAAGAACACAAGGUGAAGACAAUAGGAGGAUGCUGUGGAUUUGGGUCCAAAGAGGAUCAUGUACAGAGAAGAGCUUAUAGGUAACUCAAUGGCAUCAAUGCAAGCUGGAGGGAGGGUUCUGCUGUUUUCAUGGUGGGCAGAACAUUCCAGGGCCACCUCUACACAUUUUUUGCACUGGGACAUCUACCUGUGUCAGAACAGGGGAAUGUGUGCUAGGGAAGGUGUUAACUAUUUGCUAUCUAUUCCUCAGUGUGAAGAAGCCUUUGACUCAGUUUUGAUGGCUUCCUCAACACCUCUGUAAAAUGAGCUGGAAGGCAGGAGGGUGAGGACUGUCCAGCACCAAAACCCACUACCACCUCAGGCAAGCUGUCAGGGCUGUGGAACAGGAGUACAGGAGAGGAAUCACUUUGUUGUGGAACCCCUUGCAGCCUCUCCCACCUAUUUUAAGCAAGCAGUUGGCUAAUAAUUACCUAUGCUCUAGAAACAGCACUGCUUGGUACUUACAGAGCACAGGAUAAGCACACUUGGCGUGAUGCCCUGUUUUCUCCUGUAUAUUAAUUGGGAAAUAAAGAAAUAGACAAUACAAAGGUGAAUAAAGUUAGCAUCACAUGUACAGCUAGGAGUUAGAGGGUGGUAAAGUGCAGAUUUACUGUACUUUUCAUGGCAUCAGGACCCCUGGGUAUUAUGUCUGUCCAGUGACACACAGGUAGUUGCUUGCUACUGUCCCAUUCAGACUGUGACAGUGUCCAUUCACAGCAUUUGGCUUCUGGUCACCUACAUAUUUCCCUACCAGUUUAGUGCUGUUCCUAGGGAAAAGUCAAGGCUUGCUGGGAAGCAAGCCUUGUUUUACCAACCAGAGGAGAGGGGUUCAUGCUGGGUAGAAGAGCAUCUUGUGACAAUGUAAUGCUCCUGGGUGAAAUCACUCUAGUGUGACCAGAGGAAAAGCUUUGAAAGCACAGCCUGUACUUCCCAUUUCAGUCAGUUACUGACCAGUAUCCUGCCAGUCAUUGGGAGGUUUCAUCCAGUCAGAGGAGCCAGCUCUGAAGGAUGAUGUUUUUAUGAUGAUAGGUCAAUAUGGUAGGAGAAGAUUGUUUCCAUCAUUCCUUAGCAUACUUGAUCCUUCUGUGGUUUAUAUGCUAGAAAGCCACAAAUGAAUUCUUGCUCCUACAAGGCUGAAGGGCUGUGAUAAAGCAAUACAGAAAUAUUUUUUCCUUUAUGCUGCUCCCGAAUCACCUCUAGCUAUUUUCCAGUUACAAGGUCUAUAUUAGGUGAUGCUGGAAAGGACAGAAUAAAGGAUAGCUAGGGAAUGCAUCUAUAAUUCAGGUAGUUAGGAAAAUCACCCUGUGGCCUGUGAAUACAGCAUUUUUGUUCUAUUACCAUCAAAGCCACAAUAUCUGACUCUUCAGAAGUAUUGUAUGCAGGAGGUAGCCACAUCAGGUCUUCCUUUACUGUGCAUAUUGACAGCAAUAAGUAAAUAAAAG